CUGCUCUCGUUCAUCGGGCUGUGGUACGCGUUCAACGCGUUCUUUAACGUGCAGAACAAGCUCAUCCUAAACCAGUUCCCCUACCCCUGGGUCGUGUCCUGGUUCCAGCUCGCGUCGGGCCUCCUGUUCGUGCUGCCGAUGUGGUUUACGAAGCUCCGCGCGCCGCCAAAGGUCGACCGGUCGCUCGUGCUCAAGUUCCUGCCCAUCGCGGCCCUCCACUGCGGCGGCCACGGGCUGCAGGUGAGCAGCAUGGGCGCGGGCUCCGUCUUCUUCACGCACGUCAUCAAGGCCACGGAGCCCGUCAUCGGCACGUUGGUGCUUUUAGCGUUCACGGGCAAGAUCGCGCCCUGGUGGGUCAACGCGUGCCUGACGCCCAUCGUCGGCGGCGUCGCCUACGCGGCCUUCAAGCCGGGCACGUCCUUCCCGCUGAGCGACCUCGUGGGCUACGCGUCGCUCGCGGCUUUGGGGUCGACGGUCGCGUUCUCGAUCGCGAAACUCCUGGCCAAGUCGCUCAUGGGCAAGGAGACGAAGCAGAAGUACAACCUGACGGCGCCGAACAACUACGCCUUUCUUACCAUUUGCUCGACGACGCUGCUGCUGCUGCCGUCGGCGCUCGGCGAGGGCGGCGCGGCGCUCGCGGCGUUCCAACAGAUGCCCGAUCAACUCGCGUUCGCGCGCCAGCUCGUCGCGUGCGGCUUCCUCUACUACGGCUACAACGAGAUGGGCUUCCGCGUCCUGGACCUGCUGAGCCCCGUGUCCGCCGCCGUGGCCAACUCGCUCAAGCGCGUCGCGAUCUUGCUGGCCGCGGUGCUCUUCCUCGGCGAGCAGGUGUCCACGCGCAAGAUCAUCGGCUCCAGCGUCGCCAUGGGCGGCGUGUUGCUCUACUCGUUGGCGAAG